AUGACCAUCUCCAACACACCUCAAUGGCUUCAAACAGCCAACACGAAACGAAGGCUGCGCGACGAUCUCAUCCAAGCUUUCGUUGAGACUCACAAGGCGCACUCCGAGGUCCGGAUUCCCCCUAUUUCUGCCAAAGACUCGCAAAUAGACGACGCCAAGUUGCUGCACCUCGUUGGAACCGGCACAACUAAAGGAAACGCCCAAGACCCUCUAGCCAUUGACAGCGUCGAAGAGAUUUUGCAAGCAAUACUGUCUGGCGUUGUGACGGCAUCGCAACUACUGAACGCAUACAUCCACCGACAAACUGGCACGUCCCCCCUUACCGAAGUUCUUUUCGACAAUGCGAUUCAGCAGGCCAAUGAGCUUGACGAGUAUUUUCAGAAUAACGGCCGCCUCGUGGGACCCCUGCAUGGCGUACCCAUGACUCUGAAGGAUCAGUUUGAUGUUCAAGGAUACGACAGUACACUUGGAUAUGUCGGGCGUGCCUUUAAACCGGCGACACGGGACUGCGCUUUGGUAUCGCUCCUAAAGGAGAUGGGGGCCAUUAUUGUCGCAAAGUCUAAUUUGCCGCAGAGCAUUAUGUGGUGUGAAACGGAGAACCCGCUAUGGGGCCUCACCGUUCAUCCGAGGAAUCCGGCCUUCACCCCCGGUGGCUCUACGGGAGGAGAGGGUACACUUUUAUCACUCCGCGGAACCGUCAUUGGAUGGGGCACAGACAUUGGCGCAUACAAUACUCGCCUACCGUAUCGAGGUGUCUCUGUGUCAACCGAGGGCCAAGAACAUGUGCCGUCCGUAAUUGGGCCUAUGACCCGCAAUAUUGAAUCGCUAAUCGCAGUCACCAAGGCAGUAAUUGAGCGAAGUCCUUGGGAUCGAGAUCCAAAAUGCUGUCCAGUGCCGUGGCGUCCCGAGAUCUUCGAGCAAGCACGUUCACGGCCCCUAGUUGUUGCGGUAAUGCGAGAUGAUGGUGUUGUUAGACCACAUCCGCCCGUCACACGCGUACUAGAGGAGGUCGUCGCGAAGCUUGAAAAGGCGGGACACGAAGUCGUGUCGUGGACGCCAGGUAGCCUACACAAAGAAUGUAUCGAGAUUAUGGAUCAAUACUACACCGCUGAUGGAGGCGAAGACAUUCAGAGAGAUGUUGAAGCCGGAGGAGAGCCAUUCAUCCCUCACGUCGAAGUACUUGUCAAUAGGGGGAAGCCGAUCUCAGUUUACAACUAUUGGCAGCUCAACAAGCAGAAGAUUGCCGCGCAAGAGCGAUACUUGGACCUUUGGAACGCGUCGAAGUCUCCAACGGGGAAGCAGAUUGACAUCUUGCUAACACCUGUCAUGCCCCACUCCGCAGUACCUCACCGUAAGUGCCGGUGGGUGGGAUACACGAAGGUCUUUAACUUCGUCGAUUACCCUGCGGUAGUAUUACCGGCCGGCCACGUCUCGAAAGAGCUUGAUGCCGACGCCGCGCAGUCGAUGGACUCGUACCAACCGAGGAAUGCAAUAGAUGAGUGGAAUUGGAAUGUUUUCGAUCUGGAAAAAAUGGAUGGUAUGCCGAUUGGUGUACAAGUUGUAGCCCGUCGCUUGCAGGAGGAGAAGGCUCUCGGUGCAGCUCAGGCUAUUGAUAAGAUUCUUAGGGGUUCCGUUGAACCUUAG